AGCCAUUCCUGGCCAGAGCAGACGGAAGUGACGCGGAGAGCGGCGGCAGCGCCUGCAGGAGCCAAACCGGGGGUCCCUUAGACCGGAAGGGGUGGAGUUACCGGAGAACCGAGUGAGUGACGUCAUUAAAUUAGUCUGAUUUUCUACAUAAUGAGUCAGGGGGACACCAAUUCUGCUGCCGUCCCUCAUGUUGCUGAGGAUGUACUGGGAGAUGACCGCUGGCUGUGUCAGCACAACAGGUUGGUCUUAGACUGUAAGGACAAGGAGCCGGAGGUUUUGUUUGUUGGCGAUUCCUUGGUGCAGCUUCUGCAGCAGUUUGAGAUUUGGAGGGAACUUUUCUCUCCACUUCAUGCAUUGAAUUUUGGUGUCGGUGGAGACACAACGCGCCAUGUUCUUUGGAGGCUUCAGAAUGGAGAACUAGAGAAUAUCAAACCUAAGGUCAUAGUCUUAUGGGUUGGUACCAACAAUUAUGAAAACACAGCUGAAGAAGUUGCCGGUGGAAUAGAAGCUAUCAUAAAACUCAUCAACACACUGCAACCCCAGGCGAAAAUAAUUGUAGUGGGAUUACUACCCCGUGGAGAGAAGCCGAAUCCACUGCGUGAGAAGAAUGCGCAGGUGAACCAGCUGCUGCGCUCCUGGCUUCCACGUCUCCCUGGGGUUCAGCUCCUGGAUGCAGAUUUCGGAUUUGUCCACUCGGACGGCGCUAUCUCUCGACAUGACAUGUUUGAUUUCCUCCACCUCACAGCUGCCGGUUACGCCAAGGUCUGUCGACCACUCCAUGAACUGAUUAUGCAACUCCUGGAGGAGACCCCAGAGGAGAAACUAGUCACCCUAGCCUGAUCAUUGCUUUUCCCCUUCACCCCAUCGUCAGUGUUACAUCAUUGGCUGCCCCCUCCCCUUUGCUCACUACCGUUGCCUCAGCUGUAUAUCGACAUGCUCAUUGUAUAUACACAGAACUCAUACACACCCGCAGCUACCCAGCUUUUCCUGCAGUUCCCCAUUAUUGUCUCAUAUUAUUGGACACUUAAAUCCCCAGUAUAAUCUGAUGGAUCCUGCACAUGGGAGCAGCAAGAAUCUUGGUGGAGCAGACUCUAAAUCCUUGA